AUGUUCAACCAUAGAAUAAGCAACCAUCCACGGAUAGGACAUUGCGUUUUGAAAUCCAACAGUAAUAUUAAAUUUCAACUCCAUGUCCAACGACAACAAUUCUCAUCAAAUUGCUCGCUUUGUAUCAAUCCUUCUAGUUUACGGAAAGAUCGAUCAACCAUAAUGAACAAUGCAACCUGGGAACGACAACAACACAACAUUUUGCAACAAGCCAACGACCACGUGCAUCACCACAGCUCAUCCAUCAGUCAUAAGAUCAUACACUCCAUCUCUGAAUACAUUGGAUUGCAACUUGUCAACAAACUUGCAUGCAGAAUUGAAAAAUCACUCGCCAAAAAGGUUCUUUCCAAAAAAUUGGUUUCCAAGUCCUCCGUAUUAAUGCUGGAGCGAGUGAUUGAGAAGACUGCAGUUCGGAUAUUGCAACGUGUGGGACGUGGUGCUGUUUUAAGCAUUCCGUUACUGGGAGGAAUAUUAGCAGCCUACAGCUGCAGAAAUGAUUAUUUAAGGGCUCGGAAGGAACAAGAAUGGAGUGAAACGUUUCAUGAUCCACCCAUCCAUGAACGCGUUUUAAACUCGGAACCUAUGAGUAGUACUGCAAGUAUGAAAAAACUAACGAAACUUGAGGCUUACAAGUACUUUUUCAUUGCAAGUGCAUUGAAUGGUUUGGAUGCUCUCUUAAAUUGUGGAAUGUUCUAUGUUGCUGCCUUCCGAGAGGAUGAAUCCAUGAAUCAUCAUGAUGAUGGCAACGAGGUGCAACUUGGACUUUUUGAAACUCUUCAACAAUUACCAAACUCGGUUUUGAAUCAUUCUGUACUCGAUAAUGAAACCAUUCUGGCCGUGUUGGAGGUGGGAUCUUUGGCGUCAGUGGUCACAGCAACCUGUAUGGCUAUUUUAGGAGAAAUAGCGUCCUCUCAUGCACGAGUGGGCGACAGCAAUGAAACGACAACAUCAGUGAUACCAGAAGCAAGCAGUGAGAAGAGUCAUUCUGUGACAAAUUAG